UGAGUUCCUCGCUGUCAUAAAUAUUAUUGCUUAUUUAUUUAUUUCCCCAUUUCUCGAUUUAAACAAAGGCCCGCUUUUUUAUAUAAAUGCCCCUCUCGCUUCUUUAAUGCCUCUAUCUAGAGCCGACUGGAGAGGAGUGUGAUGGAGUGUUGCGGCUGCAACAGAAAAGGGCAGAUUUGAAGAGGAGAUUGAAGAAGAAGAAGAAGUAGAGUGAGCAUUUUCAGAGUGAGUAAUCAGUGGCAAUGGAGAUAGAAAACUACACACAUCGAGUUCUGCAAAGAAUUCAUAAAAUAGAACCAGAAACUGCAACAAAAAUUGUCGGCUAUCUUUUAUUGCAGCGCAGUAGUGAAGAAAUAAUGGAAUACGCCAUGGGAGAUGAAGAACAGAUACAUUCCCUUAUUGCUGAGGCAAAGUCUUAUCUCAUCUCAUCACUCAAACUCAACUCCUCUGAACAUCGGCAUCCAUUUAUCUCCCAUUACCUUACUGUUCACCGACCAUGCCCAUCUCCUUCAAGCUUUGGCGUGCCAGCCCCUCUUCAUCUACCAUCAAAUCACCAACCCUUUAUUCAGAAAAUGGACCAUUUUUCUCAUAACAAUGAAGUUUGGGGGAUGGAAGACCAGUUGCAGCCCUCCAGCCCAAUAAGUUUUGAUCUACAAGGCAAUUUCUAUCAUUCCGAUGCUGGUUUCGGCGCAAGAAACCGGCCACAGUUGAGCUGCCAUUACUUCUACCAAGGUUACUGUAAACAUGGACAAAGCUGCAAGUUUUCCCAUGGUGCCAAUCCAGAUAUGUUCAAUCAAAUGUCUGGAUUUGGCUUGAAUGAGUUAACCAUAGAAGACAAUAUCUUCUCUCCGGGCUGUCUUGAGAAGCUUGAGAUGGAGAUUGCCGGAAUAUUGAAAGAGAGGAGGGGUUUACCGGUUACUAUAGCCUCAUUGCCUUUGUUGUAUCAAGAGAUGUAUGGGAAAGCUCUUCAGGCUGAGGGUUAUCUCACUGAAAGCCAAAGGCAUGGAAAAGCUGGUUUUAGCUUGACAAAGUUGCUUGCACAAUUGAGGAACAUUAGGCUUAUGGAUAGGCCUCAUGGGCAGCAUUUUGUGGUACUGGCUGAGGAUGCUCCGAAAUACAUGGAAUUUAUUAGUGAAAGAAAUGACCAUGGAGCUUCUAGUUCUCAUCAGAUUUAUCUAACUUUCCCUGCUGAAAGUAGUUUUACUGAUGCUGAUGUUCAGAAUUAUUUCAAGUAAUGAUUUCUUUUGAUUUGU